AUGAGAUUGUUGAUACACCAACGGGCUAAAGCUAUAACAACAACAACAACAUUAACAAAGCCAGGGAAAUUUACGAUCUCAUUUGCAGAUAUUAAAACACAUUCUAAUAGCUGUAUAACAAUACAGCAGUUGAUGUUGGUACAUAGAAGUGACGAAGUGCAAUUUAAAGCUUAUAUGACAACUUUUCACACUACCACAAAUGACUGA